UGGUCAUUUGUUUAUACCUCUUUCUAUUUUUAGAAAGUAAAUCCUUUAUUUAGGCUAUUAAAUAUAUAAAAUUAUUGGACGGUACACUUAAAUAUACGAAUUAAAACAAGCCAAAGUCUAAGCUAUACGCCUAAGUCAUCUAUACCUUAUAUACAAUACUAUAUAACACAAGAGUCAACCCUUUAUACAAAGAAAAACAAAUAAAAGUGCACCACUUUACAACAUUCAACGCCCCUUAUACAAAGAAAAAUGUGGUAAAAUAAAAUAAAGUACACCUUUUACAGCAGUCAACGCCCACUGUCAAAAACCUUUUUAUCCUAAUUCAGAUAUUUGUGUGACGACCAAAAUGUCAUCCAUUCAUGCAAAAUCACAACAAGCUAAAAAAAAUUCAAAAUUCAGAAAGAAAAAGAAAUUGACGUCAACAAAGUGCUUAUAAGUUACUAACACCAUGACGUGGAUAGGUCUUUUGCUCCCACCUGGCCCACUUAGUGUCAUCCACCUGACAUCCUCACAUUUUUAUAUUAUUAUACUACUCCAACGUGACAAAAAACCUGUCUCUUUUUUCAAUUUUUUUUGGAUAUCUAUAAUUAUUUUGACCACAAAUCCAAACAUUAUCAUUUUACCUUGGGCCUCUUUUGUCGUAUUUAUAUAUCACGUAUGUAACCCGUGUGUGAAUUGUGUUGACCAUUUUCUCUUUUUUUUUUUCCAAUUAUACCCCUACAAUACAUAUAUAAGGCGCAGUCAAUUGAAAACAUAAUGAAUUCAGCUCAAUUACUUAAAUUUAACAAAGUCAAAAUUGCCAAAAAUAGAAAAUAAAUGGAAGCUGAAUCAAGCCAAUACUAUGUGUACAAUGAUAGACCACAAAGUUGGCAGUUGAGUCCAGAGCAAGAGAUGAAUGUCAUGGUUUCGGCUUUGAGGAACGUCAUUGCUGGCGGCCGAGGCAGUAGCGUUGGAGGUAGCGGCAAUCAAAACCCAUCUAAUGAUGGGUCCAGAUUAGUACUUGAAGCACUUCAACAGAAUCAAAACACCUCCACGUCAUCUCCCCCUGCUUCCGCCACGAGUCUGAAUUUCCCGCCAAAUUUCGAAAAUUCAAAUAAUGGUAGAACUGCUAAUACCAGUGGCGGUAACGGGGGACCGAGGCGACGGAGGAAGUACAAAAGAAACAAGUUUAGAGGUGUACGUCAGAGGCCGUGGGGAAAAUGGGCUGCUGAAAUUCGUGACCCGCACCGGGCGGUUCGAGUUUGGCUAGGAACAUUUGAGACAGCUGAGGAUGCUGCUAGGGAGUAUGAUCGUGCUGCCGUUCGAUUUCGAGGUCCUCGUGCUAAGCUUAAUUUUCCACUCACUGAUUACCCGCAAGAGCUUGAAGAGCAGCAGAACCUCCAUAAUAAUAAUAAUAAUAAUCAAGAGGUUGACAAUAACAGCGGUAAUCAACAACAACAACAAGUGGUUGCUGGAAUGAGUAUUGAUGAUGACAAUGCAAGUCCUACGAAUCAAGAACCGGAGACGAGUGGUUUCGUGCAGAUUACUGAUGGUACGGAGAUUUCGAAUUGGGUGGAUGACAUGAUUGAUAAUAUUCCUCCGUUUCAAUGAUCAUCUUCUUUGUGGUACAUACUUCAAAUAGAAGAGGGGUUGAUGACAUUUAUCGUAGUUUUAUAAGGGUAAUAGUUAUUCUUUAUUUUUUAUGUAGCUACAACCUUGAGGAGUUUCACUUGAAAGUUCAUGGAUAUGGUUUUUUUUUUGGUGUUUAAAGAACCCAUAUGGACAGGUGAGAAUCGAUUACAAGACCUCCUAGAAUCGAGAGGGAAGCUCUAA